CGCGAUGCAACGCGCUUCUUCCCAAUUCCAGGCAACCCAGUGCUGCCUGGAGUCUCAAGCAUCAUUAAAAAGAGAGUAUCUCCAGCUGUUAUGCUCAAUCGUUUGCAUCUCUCACUUCUGAGAAAGAUCACCGCAGAAAACCUGUUCGUUCAAACUCACCACGUCUUCGUCCGUCGGCACCCCCUCAAAACCACAAACCCAAGCGACAAUGGCAGGUUUAUACCCCGGCGUCAAGAUCGAUCUGCGGUACUACCCCCAGGAAAGAGACAAACCGAUAUACCCCAUCGGCGCACACCACGACUGCUGUGGCACCACGUCGGAGAUGCUGCCGGUCCGCGAAGUCGCCAUGAUGAUCCUGAUGGACCGCCUGACGGACAAGCCCAACUGGCAAGAGAAGGUGUUUGACGAAGAGAUCGUCAGCAAAUGGCGGAGCGAGGCAAUGGAGCAGCCCGAGGACGAUCUGUACGCGCAGAUCACCGAGGGCAAAACCAUGAGGAAGAUCCCCAUGCCGCGUCGUGUGAGGAUCGUGGAGGAGGACGUGUUUGACUUUUGUAUCGGUGAGCUGAGGUGCAAGGCGGCGCAUUUCAAGAAGACCGGCCUGAUCCCCACGCUCGACUCGGACGGCAAUACCAUCGUCAAAUCCGACACACUUGUGUCUCCGGAAUUACAGAAGGGGCUGAAUGCUGCAUUCGACAAGCUUCGGGCAGAUCAGGCCUCGAACGUUGACUGGCAUCCAAGGAGUGGAGACAUGGUUCAAGACUUGGUUCAUCCGUCCAUGUAUCCGUUUGUCUUCGGCCGGUCGAAGUUCAUCGAGGAAGAAGUGGUGGGGGUCUCCAACGCUAUCGACAAAUGGACCGGCAAAGGCGAGAUCGUCCCGCAAACCGAAACGCCAACGGAGCGUGGCUACGGGGGCGGGUCCUAUGUGCCUCCCCAGUACUGGUCCAACAAGUACCAGUGGCUUCCGGCAAAUCUAGCGUUCCAAGACGACGGCACCGUCAGGUUCACGAGCUACGUUAACAACCUGCAUCCCGCGAAAUAUCCAGGCAUUUAUCGAACAAUCGAGACGCUCAUCGACACGGCCAUUCCCGCGUGGGAUCAAUGUCUUUCUGAGUACCGAAAGUAUAAUAAGGUCGGCGUGGGACGGAGAGAGUCACGCUUCGGCAAGCCCGACCGUUGCGAUGACGAGGACGAGGAGCUGUGGGAAGCCUUUGAUCCCGAGGUGUUUGCAGAACACAACCCUAAGCUCACCGAGGACGAAAUCUUUGACAUCCAGGAACGGGCGAGGUACGACGCAGAAGCCGACGAAGAUGACGAAACUAUGGAGAGCAUGGAGGAAACUUAUGCCGCUGCCUUGGAAGACGCGAAAUGGGCAAAAGUACGCGAUAUGGUGAUGCCUGAGACCGAUGGCCCGCCCGAGGUUGACUACUCGUGCGAGGAGAGCAUUCGAGAGAAGUUCAAGGAGCUGGGGUUGCAGGUCAUUGUUAAGAUGGCCAGCAUCGAACUGACCCCCGAGAAGCCCGACUUCCCAGUGGGAGGCUGGCAUAUCGAGGGACAAAUGAACGAGAGAAUCUGCGCGACAGCUCUGUACUACGUCAGCAGCGAGAACGUGACGCCGAGUCAUCUCUCGUUCCGGAUGCAGACGUCGUUGUAUCAGGACGAAAUCACGGCCGGCCAGGACUCGUACAACUAUCUUGAGCGAGUGUACGGCACCGCAUUGUGCGGCGCAGACGCUUGUCUCCAGAACUACGGCAGCGUCGAGACGAAACAGGGUCGCCUGCUAGCGUUCCCCAACGUGUUUCAACACCGCGUCUCCCCGUUCAGCCUCAAAGACGCGACGAAACCGGGUCACAGGCGGUUCAUCGCUCUCUGGCUGGUGGACCCGCACCAGCGCAUCGUAUCCACGGCCAACGUGCCGCCGCAGCAGCUGGACUGGUGGGCCGAGGCCGUCUUUGGCGCCGACGCCACGGCCUCUCGGGGCGAUGUCCCGCCUGAGGUCUUCAAGCUGCUGUUGGAGAAGGGGCUUGAUAAGAAUUUCCCCGGAGACGCAACUUCUGCGGAUGAGGUGGACAGUCGCCUCCCUCCGGAGCUGUUGGAAAUGGUGCGUGAGCAGGGCGUCAUGCCCGAGGGGUUGAUGAGCGUUGAGGAGGCGAGGCAGCACAGGCUUGAGUUGAUGGACGAGAGGAGCAGUUUCCAUCAGGUAUCGGAGCACGAGUGGCAGAACGUGACGUAUUCGUUUUGCGAACACUGAUGUGGGAUACGAACAGCGAUGGCAAUGUUCAAGGCAACUGGAACGCAGAGACGGUGAUCUUGGGUAAUGCCUCUCACACGUUAACAUGAGGUGAUAAGUGAUAGCGACAGUGAUGGCCUGUCUGUUGUGUAAUUACACCGACCCCAGAU